UCCAAUGACAUUAACGUCUGCAAGUUCAGUUCGAAUAUAUCGAUACCGCAUCUUCCGUCCUCAAUCUGGCAACGCUAGAAAAACGCGAGCCGCCUUGGAAGCAAAUUACAAAACACCAUGUCUUUCAGUAAUUUGUUAAUUAAAAGCGGUCUGAGUCCGGGCGUUCGUAGUGCCCCGGUCAGCAUCCUGAUCACCUCCACCCGGCAAGGACACACCAUCCGUGGCAAGCCACCCGGCGUGGCCCGUACACUGGAGCAGCGAGUGCGAGAGGAGACCGCAACAGAUCCAGAGGUGGUGGCCCGCAUCAACAUUGGCUUCCCACAGCUGAAGGAAUCGCGAUCGGCGCAGCUGAAGACGCGAUUGGAACACCUGAAGGCGCAGAGGACCAGCAAGGAACUGGAGAAGCUGGCACGCAGCAACAAACUGAUCAUCGAUUUGGAUAAGGUACAGAGCACUUAUGUGAAGACCACAGGUCAGCACGAUCUGCGAUUGCUCGCAGACCACUACGGCAUCUUUGAGCACCUUUUCGGCAGUGCCUACUUUGUGCCCCGAGUGCCACUCAACAUAAGCUACAACCUGGACGGUGAUAGCCUGGCCCCCGUUUACAAUGGCAACGUUAUCAAGCCAGCAGAGGCGGCCAAGGCACCCCAGAUCAGCUUCGAUGGGUUACUAGAUCCCAUCACGGGAAAGCCCGCUGGCCAGGACACUUUCUGGACCUUGGUUGCUACCAAUCCCGAUGCGCACUACACAAAUGGGGCGGCGGAGUGCCUGCAUUGGUUCAUUGCCAACAUACCCAACGGCAAGGUAAGCGAGGGCCAGGUCAUCGCAGAGUACCUACCCCCGUUCCCACCUCGUGGCGUGGGUUACCAACGAAUGGUAUUCGUACUCUAUAAGCAGCAAGAACGUCUGGAUCUGGGAUCUUACCAAUUGGCCGACACAGACUACAAUAACCUUGAGAAGCGCACCUUCAGCACUCUAGACUUCUAUCGUCAGCACCAGGACCAGUUGACGCCGGCUGGUCUGGCCUUCUAUCAGACCAACUGGGAUGAAUCGUUGACACAAUUCUACCAUGAUGUCUUGAAGAGAAAGGAGCCCGUCUAUGAGUACGACUUCCCCAAGCCUUAUCUGGCCGACCAGGAAUUCUUCCCGCUGAAGCAGCCCUUUAAUCUUUACAUGGACAAACAUCGCGACCAGAAGCAGCUUAACAAGGAAUAUCUAGAGCGCAAGCUGGCUAAGACGCAUCCUUUUAAUGGACCAGAGCAGCCGCUUCGGUUUCCCAAUGCCCAUCCCAUACGCAAUGUGCCGUCGUGGCUGAAGACCGAAAUCCGGAAGGAACGUCUAGGCACCGGACGGGUGCAGGACUAUUAGGAAAUCGACGUUGUUAAGUUUGUGUCUAAUAGUGGUUAACAAGUUUGUUUUUUUUUAUUCACUGGAAGUACAUGAGUCGCUAAAGUACACGGUUGCCUCGUCUGCAAACUACAACUACA